AAAAAAAAAAAAAAUUACAUAGCCAUCAGAAACGUUAUCACCCACGUGUAUUCUAGAAACCACACUUGCCACGUGUCCUCCCUCCCCCUUCCUAUAAAUUCCCACCUCUCCCUUGCGUUUUAAGUUUCAAGCGCCGUCGCGUAACACUAGCAUAUUCCGUCUCCUCCCUUCCACCGCCACCGCAGCCGGAGCAUCCACAAUCAAAAGACAACAGAGAGAAGAAGAAGAAGAAGAAAAAAAAGGAAAGUUCGAUUCAGAAGGAUAAGGAAAUGUCUCCGGCGUUGGAUUUACCACCGGGGUUCAGGUUCCACCCCACCGACGACGAGCUCGUCAUGCACUACCUCUGCCGCAAGUGCGCCUCCCAGCCGAUCUCCGUCCCGAUUAUCGCCGAAAUCGACCUCUACAAGUACGACCCGUGGGAUCUCCCAGGUUUGGCUCUGUACGGGGAAAAGGAGUGGUACUUCUUCUCGCCCAGGGACCGGAAAUACCCCAACGGAUCCCGCCCGAAUCGGGCAGCCGGAACCGGUUAUUGGAAGGCCACCGGGGCCGAUAAGCCGAUUGGAGUGCCGAGACCCGUCGGAAUCAAGAAGGCGCUCGUGUUCUACGCCGGGAAAGCCCCCAAGGGCGAGAAGACCAACUGGAUUAUGCACGAGUACCGGCUCGCCGACGUCGAUCGUUCCGCAAGGAAGAAGAACAGCCUAAGGCUGGACGAUUGGGUGUUGUGCCGGAUCUACAACAAGAAAGGCGCGAUUGAGAAGCAGACGGGAGGGCAAAUGGCCAGCCGGAGAGCAGAAUCGACGGACACGAUCGAGGACAGGAAACCGGUUCUGAUGGCGGCGCCGCCUCCCCUGCCAGCCCCGGUGACGACGGGCCACCGGCCGGCCAACAACAACAACAACAGCGAUUAUAUGUACUUCGAGACGUCGGACUCGGUGCCGCGGCUGCACACGGAGUCGAGCUGCUCGGAGCGCGUGGUGUCGCCGGAGUUCACGAGCAGCGAGGUGCAGAGCGAGCCGAGCUGGAGGGAGUGGGGGAGCAGCGGCGGCGGUGGAGGGGUGGGCAAUGACCAAAAUACCCUCGACCUCGGUGGGUUCAAUUACAUGGACGCCGCGUUGGAGAGCGAGCUGGCGUCGCAGUUCCAGGCUCCGGUGGGGAGCAAUCAGAUGUCGCCGCUGCAGGAUAUGUUCAUGUACCUGCAGAGACCAUUUUGAACGGAGGGGCAAUUUAGUCUUUUGUCAUCAUCGUCAGGGAUCGGGGGAAAUCCAACGGUCACACGAGACUGAAAGUCCAUGAGUGUGCGCGGUUGGUGUGCUGUUCCGAUCGGACGGCGGAGGAUGUAUUGAAUCUCCGCCGUCGGAUUCGGGAGACGGGAUGUAUAGAAAAAAAUAGGCGAAGGGGAGUAACAUUUGUGUUGUGCACAUAUGUGAUAGGAGUUACAGUGAAGAGAAGAUGUCAAAUCUUCUUGGGGGGGUUUUAUCGUUUGGAGUUAAAUCAUAUAUUUACCAAUUUAAUGAUCCGUAAUGAACCUUACCUGUGAUUCAGAAAUUUCCUCUCCUCUUUGUAAUUUGCCUUCCUUUUUCCCCUUUGUAAUGAAAAUAUGAUUCGUUCAAAUCUUAUCUUCGC